UUUGGGAAUUCAUUAUAAAUCUGUUUGUUGACCGGCAGUCAAAGGCUUCCCAAAACCGAAUAACUAAAUAAGAAGAUGGCUUACAUGAAAGGCUUUGUUUUAUUAGCUGUGAUGUUUAUUCUUUCCGACGCUGCUCCAUUGCCACAUGAUACUCAUGGCGCUGCAGACUCCAAGUGUCCUUUGAUGGUGAAAGUUCUGGAUGCAGUCAGAGGAACAGCAGCUGCCAACAUAGAAGUAAAAGUUUUUAAACAGAAUGAAGGUGGAAGCUGGGAUUUGUUUUCUUCUGGAAUAACAUCUCAACAAGGAGAAAUCCAUGAUCUUACCAAUGAUGAGCAGUUUGUUGAAGGAGUUUACAAGGUGCAAUUUGAAACCAAGUCCUAUUGGAAGAAGUCAGGCCUUUCUCCCUUUCAUGAAUAUGUUGAUGUAGUGUUUACCGCUAAUGAUGCCGGACACCGUCAUUACACUGUUGCUACUCUCCUCACUCCGUACUCUUUUACAAACACUGCCGUUGUCAGUGAACCACACGAUUAAAAGCAUGCAGUACAAAUCUGUGCCACCUGUGUAUAAGUAAUGUAUACAUGGUACACGAAAUCUUGUGUUCACUAAAUGUAUUUUUCUAACAUAGCAAAACACCUUGUUGUCUGUAUUCUAGGUUAUGUUAACCAUAGUUAAAUAAAUAUCUCAUACUGUACUAAAACA